GAAACCCCGCUGUAUCAGCAGGCUGAGAUGCUUAAUUCUCAGUGCCGAACAUCUCCGGCCAACUUCAAAGCAGCUGCGAAGCGUUUAUUGCCUCCUGAUGGUGCAAAGGCAACAACUGGAAAGGGAAUGUCAAACAGGGCAAACUCGGGUGAUGAAUGACACAAAGACAACACCCUCCAGUGGCCUCCGGCGCGGUAGAGCCGCCGGGAAUCCCCACGGAAGCCCGACCCAGAGCGCGGCGGCGGCGCCCGGCGGGCCUCGCGUGCGGACCCCCAGCGGCCUCGGACGCGCGGGAGGCGCCUGCCCGGGCGGGCGGCGGCGCCGGCUCUGCUGUUGUGUUGCUCCCUCAUUGGCCAGGCGUGGGUGGAGGGAAGUGAGGAACAGGAAGCAAACGGAGGCACCGACCUGAGGAACACUCAAAAUGAACAUUUAAGAGCAAGCCCGGGAACUGACGGUGGAGGGGUGCGAGUUCCGAGGGGACGCCGGAAAAGCCCGCGAGGUGCACCCCUGACGACCGCCCUCCGGGGCGAACGACCGCUCCAGAGCGCGACCCAGACGCCCUGCCCGCGGCCCCGGCGCGGCGGCCCGGCUUCGGCUCACCAGCCGGCCCGGCCUCGGCAGCACUCACAGCAUGAUCCGCGAAACGUGCAGCCGCACCGGGACGCUCCUGUCUUUGAAGGCGGUGGUGAUGAAGCAGCCGAAGCACCUCAGAAUUUUUCAUGAAAGGAGCUUCGAAAGGCAGAAGUGCACAGACCCACGAAAGUCAUAAUUACACUGCUGCUUGGUCUGGGGAGGCAUUUAUUCGUCUGGUCAGCCAUUUAGCGUGGUGCAGUCGGCUUUUCACUGCUCUGACCUCAGUGAAGUCGUUCAUGUGGAUGUUGGUCUGAUGGACGCAUGUACCUUAUGGUCACUCUGUUCUUUCCACGGGACCAGCUGUUCAGGAGCACCACGGACGAGAGCCAGGCACAUUUGAGACUUGGAUCUCACUAAAGACCGCCGCAGAUUCUUCUGCAGCAAUGUCGGUGUUAGAAGAAAAUCGGCCAUUUGCUCAACAAUUGUCCAAUGUCUACUUUACAAUACUUUCGCUGUUCUGUUUUAAGCUUUUUGUGAAAAUCAGCCUUGCAAUCCUCAGUCAUUUCUACAUCGUGAAAGGCAACCGCAAGGAAGCGGCAAGGAUAGCAGCUGAAUUUUAUGGAGUAUCCCAAGGACAAGGUUCCUGGGCAGAUCGAUCACCACUACAUGAAGCAGCAAGUCAAGGUCGCCUUCUUGCUCUGAGAACAUUAUUAUCACAGGGUUAUAAUGUCAAUGCAGUAACCUUAGACCAUGUCACCCCACUGCACGAAGCCUGCCUUGGAGAUCACGUGGCGUGUGCCAGAACUCUGCUGGAAGCAGGGGCUAAUGUAAAUGCAAUCACAAUAGAUGGCGUGACUCCAUUAUUCAACGCAUGCUCCCAAGGCAGUCCGAGCUGUGCAGAGCUGCUUCUGGAGUAUGGCGCCAAAGCCCAGCUGGAGUCAUGUCUUCCGUCCCCCACGCAUGAGGCUGCCAGUAAAGGUCACCAUGAAUGUCUUGACAUCCUGAUAUCCUGGGGCAUAGAUGUUGACCAAGACAUUCCUCAUUUGGGAACUCCUCUCUAUGUAGCUUGUAUGUCACAGCAAUUCCAUUGCAUCUGGAAGCUUCUCUAUGCUGGUGCUGAUGUACAGAAAGGCAAGUAUUGGGAUACUCCAUUACAUGCGGCUGCUCAACAAUCCAGUACAGAAAUUGUAAACUUACUGCUAGAAUUUGGAGCAGAUAUCAAUGCCAAAAAUACAGAGCUUCUGCGACCUGUAGAUGUAGCUACGUCCAGCAGUAUGGUGGAAAGAAUACUGCUUCAACAUGAAGCUACCCCAAGCUCUCUUUGCCAACUCUGCCGACUCUGCAUCAGACACUACAUAGGAAGUCCAAGAUUGCACCUUAUCCCGCAGCUCCAGCUGCCAACAUUACUGAAGAAUUUCUUACAGUAUCGAUAAAACAGUAAAAUAAUUCUAAAUACCUUGAAAUAAUUCUAAAUACCUUGAAAAUCAAAAUUUUUAUUUCUUUUGCUUAAGGAAUAUUUCAUAUUAAAAUAUGCUAAAGACAGGGUAAAAGUGAGUAUGAGAUCACCCAGGGAAGCAGUAAAAUAUCAAUUUUAAUUUUAAGUGUAUUAGUUAGUACUACUGUUUUAUAAUGUAUACUGUCUUUGGUUUAUCACAUAUUUAUAAUAUCUAUUUUUUGUUAUUUCAAUAUAUCCUCUUGUUGACUUAGAUAAAAAAGUAUCUUAUGCUUUCUUUCAGAUUGGAAAGAAAACUCUUAGUAAAGUUAUUCAUAUUAUAUUUUAAAAGGGCUAUAUUCUUCAAUUAAUGGGUUAACUUUUUAAUUUUUGCUAUUAUAAUUGGCUAACUUGUUACUGAUGUUGACAUAAAAUAUGAGUAUCUUAGCAAAGAGCAUCUAAUAUGCUUUCUGAAACCAACAUGAUGCUCAUUCAGGAAAUCCACUAUGUUGAAUGAUGUCCACUGGUCAUUAAAAUGACCACUUCAUAAAGAUAAAUUGCCUACGCCCUUACCCCCCUCAAAAGACUCACAAGUCACUUCUUUUCUCCAUAGUAUGUGGACGUGUUACAGAAAAGUGAUAAAAUGAAAGGUCAAUACUGCCCUCUCACCCUGAGAUAUUUAGAACAUUACACACCUGGUAAGGCUAUUUUAAGACCUCCUCCUUUUCAGGAGUAGCUCCUGAUCAUUUCUUAUCAGUGCUUUUACAUAUAUAUUAUUCUAGCCUUCUUCCAUUUCAGAAAUUGUCAAUAGUUGGUGAUACUUGGACUUAAGAAAAUGAACCAUAUAUCUAAUUGACGGAGAGGCCCUGGGUCAUAUUCUGAGGAUCAUCAAAUCAUUCUGCAGAUAUUAAAAUAAUGCAAGAUAAAAAAACUCAAAUUGUGGAGCUUUUUUCGUGGGGGGUAAAUAAUUUUCUUUUUUUAAAUUAUACUUUAAGUUCUGGGGUACAUGUGCAGGUUUGUUACCUAGGUAUACACGUGCCAUGGUGGUUUGCUGCAUUCAUCACCCCAUCAUGUACAUUAGGUAUUUCUUAUAAUGCUAUCCCUCCCCUAGUCCCCUACCCCCUGCUAUUCCUCUCCUAGCCCCCACAAUAGCAAAAACUUGGAACCAACCCAAAUGUCUAUCAGUGAUAGAUGAUAAAUCGUGGAGCUUUUAAAGAGUGGGUGCCAUUUAAUACAUUUGGAGAUCUUAAAAAAUGUAUAUAGUGAACUUAAUUGCACUGUUUCUAAUUCUUUUUACACAAAACAAGGGUUUACAGUAUACUGUAUUUGCAAGUAAUAGCAACAGACAAUAUUGUAUAAAAAAAGACACUACAGAGCUAGUCCUCUGCAAGGGUAAAUACUACGUUUAUUCACUUCAGCUUUAACUAUACUUGAGUGCAAUAGAAAACAUAAUAAAAUGUUAUGCCUUUUUUGUAAUUCAGGGUCUAUUAUGAUUUUACAAAUAAGAUAAUUAACAUACAACUCUGCAUAAAACAAAAACAGCUUUUGGUGAGUUAUACAGAUAUAUUAAAUUUCGAUAAAGUAAAUAUUUGGACCACUAUUUUCAACAGCCCUGGGCUUAUUUUCUUGUGACUUCUUGGCUAACUUCCAGAGAUUGUAUAUGAGCCCAGAUCACUAAGCUUGCAUUUUGGCAGGCAAAUAAAACAUCACGUGAGAUUUAAAUCGUUUGUUGAGAUUUUCAAACAUAGAAAUAAAGCUGUGGCAUAUGCAUUAAACACUGUUUUCUAUGUGGAUAUGGCCCUUUAAAUGUCUGUUGCAUAGAAUAUCUCAGUCUAACACAUUCGUAAUGGAUAAUGUACAUUAAAAUGGAGUUCUUAUUACAGAAUAACCUGGUUAAACAGAUACUAAAGCUGCUUUUUGGUAAAACAGGUUUCCACCAGUAUUUUCCCUGAGCUAGAGGUGAAGUCUUAGAUUGUAAGAGUAAUGCAACACAUCUAUCUUAUUGGUCUUGGUCCAGUAAGAGAAGUAAACAGCAAACAUGAAAAUGGAUACUUUACAAUUUCAGUAUAUCUGUACCUUGUAUCUUAGCUUGAGUAUGAUUGUCUUAUCGAAGUAGUGUUCUAACUUAAAUAUAUCGUAUGUUUGUUAUUAUAUUAAAGUGUGAUGAUUAUUCAUUGGAGUAAAA